AUGCAUGGAGUUCUGUUCUUUCUCAUGAAAGAGAUGAUCUCAUUCAAGGAUCCGCUGUGCCAAAAAUUUGAUCUCGCCACUUACAUAGAUCGCUGCGAACAAAUAUUUGUAGCCGCAGUCGAAACUUACGAAGUCCUUGCUGUACCCAGCUUUGAGAAUAUCCUUGCCCUGGUCAUGGGGAUGAUCAAGGCCCAAGGAGAAUCAAAGCCCUACUUAUACUGGAAGCUCGUCUCCGCGGCUGUCACACACUGCCAGUCUCUUAACUAUCACCGCGAGUCCACGUACCGACGAAUGCCCCCUCACGAAUCAGAGCGCAUCCGUAGGUUAUUCUGGACAGUCUAUACCUUUGACAAGAACAUGUCGCUUGUUCUAGGCCGUGUAUCAUUCAUGCAGUUUCUCGACAUCGACGCCCAGCGUCCCAAGAUUUCAUCGGACCCAACUCUUCGCGCCUGGGACGAGUCAUUCAUCAUGGGCAUCCGGCUCGCGGAGGUACAAGGCCGAAUUUUCGUCGACCUCUACUCACCCGUCACAAUGACCAGAGAUAUAUCUGCCCGAGAACAACUCGUGCGGGACCUUGCACUAGCGAUGGAAAAAUGGUAUCUGGAACUCAAGCAGAUCAACGCGGAGGGAGUAAAUAGCCCCGGAAUAUAUUCCUUAUCUCGAGGAAACUGGGACAUUAUGUUUUACUCCACGCAGACUCUGCUCUUUCACGCGUCCUCAGCGCUGGGAGGGAAAAUACAAAUCAGCGCGCAGUGCUUCGCAGCAGCGCAGAGUAGUCUGCGCGCGCAUCUCGAUGUCUUUCCGCGGUAUCAGGAGGCACAGCUUCUCUCUACCGCGGACUAUUGUAAUUGGAUCCUUCUCUCUUCCUCCUUCGUCCCCUUCAUCGUAACCUUCCUACACGCGAUCGCUACAAAGGACAAGAACAGUAUAACCCUGCUGGAACGAGUUUUCGACACGCUACAGGCCUUCCGCACGACCUCACGCGGCUACGAGAACCUCUACCUGAUCUGCUCGACAUUCAUCCAAGUAGCGAAGAAACCCGUCUCCUCGCAGCAGCGGCUGCCGAGUAUUGGCGGGAUAUAUGCUACGCAGCAUCAGCUGCAGGACUCACUUCGUGUUUCGGACAUGGCGCAGAAACCCACUCUGUUCGAGCCGGAGUUCUUUCAGGAUGCGCUGAGUGCAGAUUUCUCCACGCAUGAGGACGUUGGCUUGCUGGACCCGGCGUAUACGGCGGAUAUUCUGAAUGAUUGGCUUAAUGGGCCGCCAUUUCCGUGGGAGAGGCUUGAUAUGGAGCCAGAAAAUUUUUAG